CAGAGUUUGUUUUGACAUGCAUUCUGCCUUUUUAAAGAUUUCUCAUUUGUUUUGGAAACAGGUGAAACUUGUACGUAUUAUCGUUUUUUCAAUAUUGGAACAGUCGUUUUGGAAGGUGUAAUCUGGUCGACUGUAUUGGUUUUAAAUGUCUCGUAAUCGUCACGAUACUUGACCGUACUACACUUAUUUUGAGCGAAAGUCUGCCGCAAUGUCCGACGAGAACGACGGCGCCCGCAGUCCCCCCAGUCCAGGCAUCUACACACGCCAGCUGGCCCAUGCGCCCGUCUUCCAGUUCGAGCCGCUGACACUGACGACGGUGGACAGUGGGGAUGCUGGGGAGGACAGCACCGACGCCGUGGGUGUCAGCACCAUUUCGGGCAGUGUGGCGGCGGGCGAGCGGACGUUGCCCAUGUCCAGCAGUCCGUUCGGGGGCGCUGGGGCCGUGCCCGAGAUUCCGGAUAUUGUGUCCAGCAGUAGUGGAUCAGCACGCUUCAGUAUCGGCGGAUCUUGGGGCUCCAGUCGAUCGAGUCGGGACUCCAAUAACGGGGAAGCUGACUAUCAGAACAUUGGCUCAGAAAGCGAACCAGAUUUGGUGUACGCUUAUGACGAUGCCGAUGUGUUGUCGGUGGAGCUGGGUGAAUUGUACAGCUAUUCCGAAAUUGGUGAUUUCCUUCUAACGGAACAUGCUUUCUUUGAUAUCUGGACUAACUGGUGUUCCGGCCGUCAGUUUGAAAACUGCGGAGAAAUCAGACUCUCGAACAGCGGAUCGUUAGACAGUCCUGUCAAAAUCGAAUAUGCAUGGGAUUUUUUGAAUGCCAAAGAAAAGGACUGCUUUGCUGAGUUUCUUCUGGAGCAGUGCGAGCGGUCGGAGCCGGCCGUUCGGAAUAAAGUGCUAAAAGCGGUACUGCAUCUUCUUCAAGGCUGUUUUGUGAUUCCGCAUGGUCCUGACGUUUUGCAAGUCGGUCGUGACAAUGCUUUCCGAUUCUACCGUCUUGGAGCGCUCCAGACUUUUGUCCAGCUGUUGUUUUUGGAAGCUGAUGCUCCGCGAAAUCUGCUUCGCACGCCGGCUCUUUCCAUUGCUGAUAGUCAUAAUCUCCGCAUUAUCUGCAACAUUCUCUAUCACAUGAUUGAACUGAUUCGUACGCCAAGCACAAAGGAUACUCCUAUGGAUAUUCAGCUGCGAACGGAUUUUGCGGACGACCUCGGCAGCGUGGUUUUCGGGAAGACUAUCUUUAUUGGCCACCUGUUUGAUCUUUUUAUGCGCUACGCCAGUGGUCUAGCUCCGCAUUUUCCUCUAAAGAAAAUACUGUUAUUGAUUUGGAAAACUCUUCUGAUGACAUGUGGCGGUGCUGAUGAAUUAAGGAGAGUAAAGAACGUUGCCCGAAAGAAAGCCGGACUUCCUCCCGUUACUGAAGAUACCCUGGAAGUGGCCAAGCGUCUUCGCGCAUGCACCCCGCCGCUUUCGGUUUCGGACAUGAUGGAAGGUGGGAAGGGCCGGCAAGCGCGGUCUCUCGCGAAAUACAAAGGGCAACCGGCGAAGGAUGCUGAUGGAGCGUUCUGGUUCACGAAUGUUUCCGAAAGCGACGAUCCACCCGGCAUAGAUGCCACACUGGAAGAUCGUGACGAUAAAGAAGACCUGGAGGUGAAGCACAUUGAACAUCCAACAAAGCGGACCGAUUCGCAUCCGGAAGCAUUUACGCCUCGCCCCGAAACUGUGCUGUCCAAAUGUCUUCCAUGGACACCGAAAAUUCGAGAGGAAGAUAUUCAUCGGUUUAUCUAUCUGUCGCGGGAGAAGUAUGUGGGUUUAAAUUUACCAGAAGAUACCCGGACGUUGAUUGGAUUACCUAAACCGAUUGAAGAGAGUAUUCAAGUCAUGCAGAAAUAUGUUUACAUCCUCAGCGAUGUGCAGACUCGCAAGGAGGAAGGAAUUUCUAAGUAUCCCAUGUCACAGAAGGAGGAUGUUUUUGAAGAAACUCCUGUGGAACGUAUUUACCAGGCAUUGCUCCCACAAAUUGGAAACCAAAUUAUCGGACUACUGAAGGUGUUACUGGCUUGCUCACCAACAAGCAAACCCAAAACAGAAUCUCUGAAUGUUCUCACUGACGUGAUGCCUGAGACGAUGCCCACAACGAUGAUCCAAACAAUGAAAAUGGGAAUGGAUACCAACCGGCAUAAGGAAAUCAUCGUUAAAGCUAUAAGCAGUACGAUAUUGUUGUUGUUAAAGCAUUUUAAAAUCGGCCACGUUUAUCAGUUUGAAACGGUGUCUCAGCAUCUGGUUAUGGCUAACUGCAUGGCGCUGAUACUCAAAUUUUUGAACCAAAAUAUCUUGGGAUAUGUUUUGGCACGUAAUGAGAUCCCAGUCUUGAGCUAUCCAUCGAUGUUGUUUAUGGCAAGCUACGAACUGACCAAAGAGGAUAUGGAGGCAUCUGACCAGAGCUUGUCGUGGCGGAACCUGCAUUCGUGUAUUAAUCUAAUUCGAAUUCUGAAUAAAAUUGCCAAAUGGAAACGUUCGAGGAUUCUCGUACUGGUUUUGUUCAAAUCGGCGGCCAUUUUGAAAAGAGCUCUCCGUAUUCGUCAUCCUGUGAUGCAGCUGUAUACACUGAAGGCUUUAAAAAUACAGUCUAAAUUUCUUGGACGGCAGUGGCGCCGGUUGAAUAUGAAAACCAUGUCGGCCAUUUAUGAGAAAGUCCGCCAUCGGUUAAUGGAUGAUUGGGCGUAUGGAAAUGUUCCCGAGCACGAAGUGAAGAAGGUGGACUGCCAGUUAGAGGAGCGAAAGAUGCGCGUGACCCUGGAUAUUUUUAAUAAUCGCCGCUAUCAUGAUCUCCUUCGUCCCAGUGUUGCUUAUGUUCAACCAGGUUUGGAAGAAUUUCAACCGGUGGAUUCGUCUUUGUCCCGGGCGUUGUCCAUGCGUGUCCGGCUGCCUGUGCAUUUCCAUAUGGACUACGAGGGCUGGUUGGAACGAGAGGUUUUCCAGUCUGAAAUCGAUUGGGAUCAGCUCAUUGAUGCUCGAUAUAUCGGUUAAGAUAUGCGCUUUGUCGAUUAUGGUAUGUCUGUUCACCGUCUGUUGAUUGGUAUACUUCCUGUUACUGCCCUGGGUUUUUUCUUUUUGUUUAUACGUUACCGUAAGUUAAUUAUAAUUUUCAUCCUAUCUUGUGACCUUUCAGAAAUUCAGUUACCUUAUUGUAAAAAGACAGUUUUUCCACCUGUAUUUUAUUGUGUGCUAGUCUGUCUUGAUAAAGUUUAUAUUGUAUAGUUUCGCUUUGGCUCACUCCACCAAAUGAAAAACGUUAAUUA